AUGGCGAAGAGGUCGCGCAGUGAGGAUGAGGAUGAUGACCUUCAGUAUGCUGAUCAUGAUUAUGAAGUACCCCAACAAAAAGGAUUAAAGAAACUCUGGAACAGAGUAAAAUGGACAAGAGAUGAGGAUGAUAAGCUAAAGAAGUUGGUUGAGCAACAUGGAACUGACGAUUGGACUCUAAUUGCUAGUCAUCUUCAGAAUCGUUCUGAUUUUCAGUGCCAGCAUCGAUGGCAGAAAGUUUUAAAUCCAGAAUUGAUAAAGGGUCCUUGGACUAAAGAAGAAGAUCAGAGGGUUAUUGAAUUAGUUCAGAAAUAUGGCCCAAAAAGAUGGUCUUUGAUUGCAAAACAUUUAAAAGGAAGAAUAGGCAAGCAGUGUAGAGAACGAUGGCAUAAUCAUCUGAAUCCCGAGGUAAAGAAAUCUUCCUGGACAGAAGAGGAGGACAGGAUCAUUUAUGAAGCACAUAAGCGGUUGGGAAAUCGUUGGGCAGAAAUUGCCAAACUACUUCCUGGAAGGACUGAUAACUCUAUUAAAAACCAUUGGAAUUCUACUAUGCGAAGAAAAGUGGAACAAGAGGGCUAUUUACAAGAUGGAAUAAAAUUAGAACGAUCUUCAUCUAAACUUCAACACAAACCUUGUGCGACAAUGGACCAUUUGCAAACCCAGAAUCAAUUUUACAUACCUGUUCAGAUCCCGGGCUAUCAGUAUGUGUCACCUGAAGGCAAUUGUAUAGAACAUGUUCAGACUUCUGCCUUUAUUCAGCAACCCUUUGUUGAUGAAGAUCCUGAUAAGGAAAAAAAAAUAAAGGAACUUGAGUUGCUUCUUAUGUCAGCUGAGAAUGAAGUUAGAAGAAAGCGAGUUCCAUCGCAGCCUGGAAGCUUUUCUACCUGGUCUGGUAGUUUCCUCAUAGAUGAUAGCACAUCCAAUACUCUGAACAGCCUCGAGGAGCACUCUAGUGAGAUUUACAGUUUGGAUGAAAAUCAGACAAUGGCUGCUCAGCAGAAUUCACCCACAAAGUUCCUGGCCGUAGAGGCAAAUGCUGUGCUGUCCUCUCUACAGACCAUCCCAGAAUUUGCAGAGACUCUAGAACUUAUUGAAUCUGAUCCUGUAGCGUGGAGUGAUGUCACCAGCUUUGAUCUUACUGGUGCCACUGCUUCUCCUGUCAAGUCCACUCCAGUUAAACUGAUGCGAAUUCAGCACAACGAAGGCGCCAUGGAAUGUCAGUUUAAUGUCAGCCUUGUACUUGAAGGGAAAAAAAACAGUUGCAGUGGUGCAGAAAGUGAGGCGGUUCCUUUAACAUCCCCAAAUGUGGCCAAGUUUAGUACUCCACCAACCAUUCUCAGAAAGAAGAGAAGAACGCGAAUGGGUCAGUCCCCAGGCAGUGAACUUAGUGAUGGCACGUUCAGCGAUGGCAGUAAUACAGCAUUAAAACACACACCGGUGAAAACACUACCAUUUUCUCCUUCUCAGUUUUUCAACACAUGCUCUGGAAAUGAACAAGUUAAUAUAGAGAAUCCUUCAUUUACAUCAACCCCUAUUUGUGGGCAGAAAGUUCUUAUUACAACUCCUCUUCAUAAGGAAACAACUCCCAAAGAUCAAAAGGAAAAUGUAGGGUUUAGAACACCUACGAUUAGAAGAUCUAUAUUGGGUACCACACCAAGAACUCCUACUCCUUUUAAAAAUGCGCUAGCUGCUCAGGAGAAAAAAUAUGGACCGCUAAAAAUUGUGUCACAGCCACUUGCCUUUCUGGAAGAAGAUAUUCGGGAAGUUUUAAAAGAAGAAACUGGAACGGACAUAUUCCUCAAAGAGGAAGAUGAACCUGUUUACAAAAGCUGCAAACAAGAGCAUACUGCUUCUGUGAAGAAAGUCAGAAAAUCACUAGUUUUGGAUAAUUGGGAAAAAGAAGAACCAGGUCCUCAACUAUUGACUGAAGACAUUCCAGACACACAGUCAGAAAAUAUAUUUACAACAUCUUUAUUAAUGAUACCAUUAUUGGAAAUACAUGACAAUAGGUGCAACUUGACUCCUGAAAAACAAGAUAUAAAUUCAACCAACAAAACAUAUACACUUAAUAAAAAGAAACCAAACCCUAACACUUCCAAAGUUGUCACAUUGGAAAAGAAUCUUCAGUCAAACUGUGAAUGGGAAACAGUGGUUUAUGGGAAGACAGAAGACCAACUCAUCAUGACUGAACAAGCAAGAAGAUACUUGAGCACUUACACAGCUACCAGCAGCACUUCAAGAGCUCUCAUACUGUAA